AUGGCUCAAACUGUGUUCAUCGGCAGGGAGCUUGAAGUUCCAGCCGAUGAAUUUGUACCUUUCGCCGCCGGCAGCCAGAUAAACCCAGCAGAGGACCUAGACAUGUUCCUCCAUCUGUCAGAUUCUAGAAGCUCAACAGCAAGCACUAAAUCGCCACUUGACGAGAGUCGGCAAACCAGCCCUGCAGCUCUCCCUUCCUCAGUGGAGCCAGUGAUUGCUGCAUCCGAAAAGAGUGAUCAGGGUGAAGAAUCUAUCAAACCAGCCGAGCCCACCCCGGCUCGGAAAUCCGCCAAAAAAAUGAAGGCUACCAAAGAAGUUAAGACGCCGUCGAAGGCGUCACAGCGUCGAAAUCGCCGGACACAGAUGGAGAUUUAUGGCACCGGGGCUCCGCGACGCUCGGGCAGAGUGCCACCUACAGCUCCUGUUCAGACUUCCAGAGCAGCCACUAAGAAGACAAGUGUCUCCAAGGCAGACGCCUCGAAGAAACGUGGUCGGAAGAAGGCGCAAGCAGGCGCAAAGCAGCAAACCCCAAAGUCGGGCCAACAGUGGGAGGUUGAAUCUAUUGUCGACUCACAGAUCGAUGCAGACACGAUGGAACACUUCUAUAAGGUGAAGUGGAAGGGAUACUCAAGCAAGGAGAACACUUGGGAGCCAAAGUCGAAUCUUGUAGGCUGCCAGGAUGUCCUGAAGGAGUACGAGCGGCAAAAGAAGAAGAAGAAAUAG